AUGACGACGCAGCGUGUGACAAACGGCCUCCCGAAUGGUCACGCUGGCGAAGAAUCGGACGGUCCGAGCACCAACGGCAGCGUCAACGGCAUCGCAAAUGGGAUAGGCAGCAUCAAGGUCAACCCACGGAAAAGGAUGGACCGCAAGAAGUCGAGUCCCAUGUUACCGGCGUUCAUGGUGUCGGCUCCUGGCAAGGUGAUCGUCUUUGGCGAGCACGCAGUAGUGCAUGGCAAAGCCGCAAUAGCCGCCGCCAUCUCGUUGCGAUCCUAUCUUCUAGUUACGACGCUCUCCAAGUCAAAGCGGACAGUGACCCUGAAAUUUCCCGACAUCGACUUCAGCCACUCGUGGAACAUUGACGACCUGCCUUGGUCAACGUUCCAAGCCCCAGACAAGAAAAAGUUCUAUUACUCCCUCGUAACAGAGGUUGAUCCCGACCUCGUCGCUGCCAUCCAGCCCUUCCUCGCUGAUGUCUCCCCUGACCAGCCAAGCAACAUCCGUAAGGUACACCAAAACUCAGCCGGCGCGUUUCUCUACAUGUUCCUGUCGCUGGGAUCUCCAUCAUUCGCCGCAUGCCAGUACACGCUGAGAUCCACAAUCCCAAUUGGCGCUGGCCUGGGCAGCAGCGGUUCCAUUGCCGUAUGCUUGUCCGCGGCCUUGCUCCUUCAACUCAGAACCCUCUCGGGCCCGCAUCCGGACCAGCCUGGGGACGAGGCACGCAUACAAAUCGAGCGCAUUAACCGCUGGGCGUACGUUUACGAGAUGUUCAUCCACGGCAACCCCUCCGGGGUAGACAACACCGUCUCGACACAGGGAAAGGCAGUUCUCUUCCAGCGGACAGAUUACGGAAAGCCCCCAUCUGUACGACCACUCUGGGACUUCCCGGAGCUGCCGCUCCUGCUGGUCGACACCAAGGUCCCCAAAUCUACGGCGCACGAGGUCGCCAAGGUCGCCAAGCUGAAGCAGGCCCACCCGAAGCUUGUCGGCAGCAUCCUGGACGCCGUCGACAAGCUCACACAGACAUCAGCCGAGAUCCUGGCCGAGGAGAGCUUUGACACAGAGGGUGAGGAAAGCCUGACCCGUGUCGGUGAGCUCAUGACCAUCAACCACGGUCUGCUGGUCUCGCUGGGUGUGUCGCACCCGCGGCUGGAGCGGGUGCGGGAGCUGGUCGACCACGAGGGGAUAGGCUGGACUAAGCUCACCGGUGCAGGAGGUGGCGGUUGCUCAAUUACCUUGCUGAAGCCGGGAGUUUCUAGGGAGAAGCUCGAUAAAUUGGAGGCACAGCUUGACCAGGAAGGGUAUCAGAAGUUUGAGACGACGCUUGGUGGUGAUGGGGUGGGUGUAUUGUGGCCUGCAGUGCUGAAAAACGGGAUGGAUGAGGAUGAUGAGGGUGGUAUGGAGAUUGACUUGGAGAAGUUCCUUAGUGCGGAGGGUAAUGAGGGGGUCGAGCGGUUGGUGGGUGUCCAUGGAGGCGGCGGUGAGAGAGAGGGAUGGAAAUUCUGGAGGGUGGAGGGCUAG